ACCGUGCCAGGCCCAUCUCCUCUCCUGUCUUGACCCCGUAACCCCCUCUGCGGCCACAGGACUUUCCCAUCCAUACCUUGUGAUUUCUGCUGCUCCCUGCUUUGUGCCCUGCACUGCCACUGCUGCCUGUGCUGUUGGAAAUGGCUGGUACACCUGCCAGGCCUAGCGGGCUGUUACCGGUCGGCUGUCCAUGUGCGGUGUUUCCCAGUCCUCCAGGACAGAGCUGUGCAGGCCUGUGAACAGCCUGUGUGGGCACAGAUGUGGCAGGGUCACCAGCUGGGACCUUUUGCCAGUGAUGGUGGCAUGCCUGGCUGCCUGCAGUUGCAGGCAAGCGGCCUGGGCUCGGGCAGGAAGACAGCAGGGCCCCAUGGGGAGAAGCUCUGUUUUACAGGCUAUGGGUUCCGAAUCAAAGAACAGUUUCAUAGGAAGCUUUCUUCAGCCACCAGAUAGGAUGCUUCCUGCAGGCUUUGCUUGUAUAGAAUCAAAAAAGUUGGCAGUUGUUGGUGGUGACAGGCCUUCUAUCUCCAAUAACCAAGCUGUAGUGGCAGCCAUGAAAACUCUUCAGGAAAAGAUGCACCGUCUACAGUUGGAGAAGUCAAAAGCUGAAGAUAAUCUGUGCAGCCUCUCCAUAGCAGCUGCUCAGUAUAAGAAGGCAGUAGAGCAUGAAUCCUACAAAAAGGACACAGCACAUGAAGAACUGAUGCAACAGAGGAAAGAUAUAAGUGUGCAGUUAAAUGCAGCACAAUCCCGCUGCUCCCUGCUGGAGAAACAGCUGGAUUACAUGAAGAAAAUGGUCUCCAGUGCAGAACUGGAAAAUAAAAUGGUUUUGGAACAACAGGCCCAGCUUCAGAAAGAGGAAGAUCAGAACCUGUUGAAACUGUAUGCAAAACUUGAAAAGCUUGAAAUGCUAGAAAAAGAGUGCCUUAAGCUUACUGCUACUCAGAGAAUUGCAGAAGACAAGAUCAAACGCUUAGAAGAAACGCUUUGUGAAGAAGAGCAUCAGCGUAAGCUAGUACAAGACAAAACUGCUGAGCUCCAAACAGGAUUUGAGAUAAACAGAAUUUUGUUGUCUUCAGUGACAUCUCAAAAUGAACCUAAAAAGGAAAACAUGAAGAAGAAAAAAAUUAAGAAGAGAAAUCCUACAGUGAAGAAAAUGCACCUUUCACAAUUACAUGUAAGGGCUGGUGAACUACCUUUUGUAGCUGGGAAGUCUGUCAGCUCCAGCCAUUCUGUUAGUGCAAACGUUCAAAGUGUGUUGCACAUUAUGAAGCAUCACAAUCCAUGUAUCUCAUCACGAAGCCAAGGAGGAGCUACAUCUGGGAUUUCAGGACACACAGCCCUUUCAGAAUCUGUAUCCUCUUGUUCCACAUCACCUGUUGCCACCAGAAGCCUUUCUGACCUUCUGUGGGCCAUGCAAGAUGAGCUGGGCGAAAUGAACUUUGAGCAUCAAGAACUUCUAAAGCAGAUACAGGAGACUCAAGACUCCAAAGUUCGUGAACACCUAGAACAGGAGCUGGAUUGCCUUGUAAAACAAAUGGAGAUUAAAGGAAAACAAAUAUUCAAGCUGAAAAAGCAUGAGGCUACUAUAAACAGACUCACCUAAGAACUUUGCUUAUACAGGAAACAAAACAAAACUCAGAGUGAGACCUUAGAAAAGGGAGAGGUGAUAGUUAAUUUAAAUCUGACCAGUUUUAUUCACAUUCAUUCUGUGAUAGAUUUUACUUAUUCAAAUCUUUUACUGUCCACAUAACUGCAAGCACAGACGUGUUAAAGUAGAAUUGUCAGAAUUGCAUGUUAGCAAUAUGGACCAAGAACACUGACUGUUGCAUCUUCACUACCUCUCUUGGCAAUAUCAACUGUUUUUUUGACAAAUCUUUGGUAUUCUUGAGGAACCAACAAUUAUGGUGUUAUUCCUUGCCUCAGAAUCUUUCUGAUUUCAUCCUCCAGGAACCUUAGACAAUGGACAAACAACUGCACCUUUGUUUAUUCCUUUUGUAUAUCUUCAUGGCUACAGUCUGCCUUCCUUUUCAAAUGAUGAAAAGAGGAAUAGCACAUAAAAUGUGGUGCAGCCUUGUUGUCAUCCUUGCCUAUCAUCAGCCUGCAGAUCUGCUGACAAGUUAUCUUUGCCCUUAUCAGACCAUACACCUUACGGUCAUGAUGUAAAUAGCACAUUCUUUGUCUUUGUCUGAUUAUUGUUCAUCAUGCCCUGGUUAUCGAUUCAUAUUACAGCUUUUAGAAGCUGUCACACUAAAAAUGCCAUAGUCAUCUCUGUGUUUCACAGUUAAUAAUAUGUUCUAGAAUGCAAUACAAGUUAAUUAUUUUUAGAAAUUGACUUAAAGCAUAAAUUGGCAUGUGGAAUGCUUCCAGCCUAAUUUUAUCCUUGGGAGUGACCUUUUUAUGCCGAAUGCAAGUCAAGACGUAUUAUUUGUCAUUAAAAAAACAUUCUUCAUCAAUCAA